GACGUCAAAACACAACGUCACUGUAGAGGAAUGUGCGGAAACUUCUGCCUACUUUUCAAUCUGCCCUCUUCGUCGAAGGGAAAGCUUUUCAAAGCAGGAAAAUCUUCAGAAAAGUCUCUUGAAGUGCGGAGCUGCCUGUCGGUGGGGCCGAGAUCACCAUGGCGACUCAGACCUUAUUCUCAAGUGGGAUGUUCCCUGUAGGCGUCUCAUUGGCAGAGGACGGGCAAGGUUUCAGCGACCUGCCCCGAAACAUGCUGCCCGCUCCUCAACUGGUGAUGCUGGCCAAUGUGGCGGCGGUGACGGCGCCAGAGGUUGGAGACAGUAGCGUGGCUGAAGAAAAGGAGAUGAUGGAACUGAAGACAGUGGGGUCCAGCUACUCUGACAGUGAAGACGAAGACGAAGGUGUUAUCAGGUACAGCUAUGACAACCAGAACCAGCGAGAGGUGUGCAUCGUGGAGUACCCAGAGUCUCCAAACUCAGCUGUCCAGCCAGCUGUCGCUGGAGACGGCAAAGAGGAUGAGGAGAACCCCGCAGCUGAAAACCAGCCCCCCUCCAUUAAGCUUCGCUCCUCUACUGUCUCUAAUCGGCCAGGGAUGAAGGCUAAAGACGUCCCCUCCACCCUGGCUGACAGCGCGCAGAAGAAGAAGCCAUUUUGCUGCAAGCCGUGUCACUUUCAGGGGCAGAAUGAGCAGGAAUUUGUCAAGCACCUGAGUACGCAUAGUAUAAGUAAGAUGGUGGUGGUGAACCAGGUGGAGGGGCGGAGCAAGAGCAAAGCCAAAGAGGCGGAGUCUGGGGAGGUUUUGUCAGGCAGGGAGGCAAACCAAAGCGGAGAGGCAGAGCAUAAAGGGGACGAAGUUGCAGGAGACAUCAAAGGGUUGAUCAGGUGCGAGCGCUGCGGCUACAACACCAACCGCUAUGACCACUACAUCUCUCACCUGAAGCACCACAGCAAGGAGGGCGACGACCACAGGGUGUUUAAGUGCACGCUGUGUGCAUACACCACAGUCAGUCAGUACCACUGGAGGAAACACCUGAGGAAUCAUUUCCCCAGCAAGUUGCACACCUGCAGUCAGUGCUCCUACUUCUCCGACCGCAAGAGCAACUACAUACAGCACAUUCGUACCCACACAGGUGUACGUCCAUUCCAGUGUCUUUACUGUGACUACUCGAGCUCCCAGAAGACUCACCUAACCCGUCACAUGAGGACUCACUCAGGUGAGCGUCCUUUUAAGUGUGAGAGCUGCAGCUACCUUGCUGCCAAUCAGCACGAGGUGACCCGCCACGCCCGACAGGUCCACAAUGGUCCCAAGCCUCUGUCCUGCCCAUACUGCGAGUACAAAACGGCAGACCGCAGCAACUUUAAGAAGCAUGUGGAGCUGCACUUGAACCCGCGGCAGUUCCUCUGCCCGCUCUGCAAGUACGCCGCCUCCAAGAAGUGCAACCUGCAGUACCACAUCAAGUCCCGGCACUCCGGCUGCAACGUGGACCUGGACGUGUCUAAAGUCAAGCUUCGAGUGAAGAAACCUGGUCCUGAAGGUACAGAUGACAAGUUGGAGUCCAAAGCAGCCAAGAUGGAUGACUCCCCUGCAUUGGAGGAGGACAUGGAUGUGGAUGAAGAAGACGACUCUAGCCCCAUCAAUCUGUCCAUCAGGAGGAGCAGCAGACCCAGCCUCGAACCCCCACCACAGAGCGAGGCUCCUGACAAGGCUCCAAAGAAACGCAACACCUCGUCCGAGAAGGAGAAACCCUCAAAGGCAAAGGAGGAGAAAAAAGUCUCAAUAAGGCAGAGGAAGGUCAAGGAGAAUCCUGUGGAGAAUGUGGAUGGGAAAGAAGUCCAGAGCAGUGCUGAGAUUUCUGAAAACAAAGUGAAGAAACGGGCCAGAAGGGUUCUCACUGAGAAAACAGUUUCUCAGAACCAAAGAGGGAAAUCUCCAUCAUUGGAAAAACAACUGGAGGAACUUGCAUCACAGGAAGAACAGCCCACUGUAAAAAGUUCUGAGCAGCAGAUGUCUUCAGAAAGAAAGUCUGAGAAAGUCUUGAAGACGACGUCACUCAAAAAGACAAAAAGCCUUGGUAAAAGCAGGAAAUCUGCAGCUAAGUGUACCCCAAAACAGACUUACACCAACAAACCCAACUGCCCUGAGAAAAGUCAGAGAGGAAAGAGGAUAAAAGAAAAACCCCUCAAAAGGAAAGCAGGACAGGUUUUGGAUCUUUCACAGAAGUCUUCCAAGAAGAAGUGUCUAAAGGCUCCAGCUGAUGAGAAGCUGCUGUCCAAGACAUCUUCAGAUAUUACCGAUGUGAUGCCCAGUCUGACUAAGAAGACUAGCAGAGAGACUCCAGCCAAGAAGAAAAAGACCAGAACCUCCACCAGGAGGACCUCAGGUCUGCAACCAGCAGUGGGUCCAAAACCGGAUGAUUUAAACUCUAAAACAAGUCUGUCAUCAGAGAAUUUGGAAGAUUCUGUUCAUUCAAGUGAAACUGCUGCUGGUCAAGUUGGUUCCUCCAAAGAUGGACCAUCCACACCAGAAUCUGAUGAUUCUCCAAGCACACAGCCAGAGAGGAUCAAGGAGGAGUCCCAUCCAACAUUCAUCAAACCUUCAUUGCCACCACGUCUGGUUCUUCCCAGCCAGCGCAGCAAGCCAGCAGAGGCAGAGGAUGACGAGGGGAUCCACAGCAGCCACGAAGGUGGAAGUGACAUCAGCGACAGUGCCUCUGAGGGCAGCGAUGACUCUGGCCUUAAUGGUACUGGCGCCACUUCAGGGAAGAUGCCUAACGAUCCAGAAACACCAACUGAAGAGAUCCCCACCCCCACUGAACUCAAGAGUCACACCUGCAUCUUCUGUGAUCGCACAUUCCCACUGGAGACCCAGUACCGGCGUCACCUUAACCGCCACCUGGUCAACGUGUACUACCUGGACCCUGGGGCAGCAAGAUGAGCCUGUCUCCAUGGCAACAGACUGUUUACAGAGGUCCGGGACAAUGGACAAGAGCUGGUUUGUGAUCUAGGACUACUUUUGGUGGUUCAGAUGGGCUUGUGCUGAACUCAGCGGAACCCGAUUCUUUACAGGUCCAAAAAACUAAAUAAGCCAGCUUCAUGUUUAUAUUUGUGCUUAUAUAUAUGGUUAUAUUACAGAGCCCAGGUUUCGAACCGCUGACCAACAGUUCUGAUACUAUGAACUCCCGACUAUUGGUUACAUUGAUCCAAACUCCUCAGCAUCGGUACCAGUAGUAUGAAAUUCUCAGCCUUUGUGUCUAUGGCAUGAAUUCCUGAUCUCCAGCACCAACUGUCCAAACUACUGUUGUUGGUUUUAAUAACUGUUGAUUUAAACGGUCCUGAUUUUUGUUUUCAUUGUGUCGCCCCUCAGUGCCUUUGACAAUCAGCUGCUUCUGUUGGGUUUGAUUUAACUUUGUCCCUGGUGGUCCAGUUUGCAGGCUGGGCCUAUGUUUCCCUGGCGACUGCAGUGAUGAAAGAGCAAUCUGAUGAUGAUGAUGCUCCCAGCUGUGUAAAUAUUUCAGUGCAAUAGUCCAUUUAGUCCAGAAGCCAAAGUGAACCAUGGUUUUAUCAUUAAGUGAAAUAAACUCUAUCGGUUGUGUCAGAGUUCUGCUGAUGGAGGAUUCGAUGGUCUAAGAUUGGUUCUCUGCCUGAUAUGUGGAUCCAACCGUGCAGAACCCGUCCUCUGACAUGUUUUUUUUUAGUUGUGAUUUGUCCUCUGAUUAAAAUAAACUCCCAAUACAGACC